AUACCGUGAUCAAUCGGGUCCCACCCGACCGCAUAUAUGUCUAUGGUUUAUGAUCAUAUGCUAUGGUCUAACCUAAGAAAACAUUAGAUUUUGUAAGAAAGGUCGUGUCAAAAGAAUCUUGAAAGUAAAAGUGUUUUAUUUUCCUUCCGAGAUUCAAAGAAGAAUCAAGCACAAUGGGAGAACGAAAAGGUACAAAUUUGUACUAUCCACCGGAUUAUGAUCCCCGUGUUGGUGGGCUCAACAAGUUCCUGGGCACUCACGCAUUGCGUGAGAGAGCCCGUAAAAUCCAUAUGGGCAUCUUAAUUAUAAGAUUUGAAAUGCCCUAUAAUAUAUGGUGUGAUGGAUGUGGAAAUCACAUUGGCAUGGGUGUCAGAUAUAAUGCAGAGAAAAAGAAGAUUGGAAUGUAUUAUAGUACUCCAGUUUAUCAGUUUCGUAUGAAAUGUCAUCUCUGUGACAACCACUUUGAGAUAAAAACUGACCCUGCAAAUCUAGACUAUGUCAUAGUGAGUGGUGCAAGGCGUCAAGAGAAUCGAUGGGAUCCUAAAGAAAAUGAACAGGUUGUACCAGAAACAAAAGAAGUAUCGUGUAGACUGUAUGAUGAUGCAAUGUAUAAAUUGGAACAUGGUUUGGAAGACAAGAAAGUAGCCAAGUCUCGAGAUUCGGCAUUAGAAAGUGCAAUAUCCUUGAACGAUAACAUUUGGAAAGAUGAUUACAGCUUAAACUGUACACUGAGAGCAUUAUUUCGAGAGAAGAAAAAAGACCUUAAGAGAAAACAAUCUGUAGAUUGUGCACUGUUAAAAAAGACCGGAUUAGAUAUUGAUUUAGUUCAGGAACAUGAAGAUGAUAUCAAAAUAGCUAAAUUACUCACUCGAAAGAAAGACAUAAAGAAGAGAGAACGUAUAGGUUUCAAACAGUUGAUUACAAUUGUACGAUCCAAGAAUAAUUCAAGGAAGAUAACUGGCUCAAAUAACAGGUUAAAACUGCAAAGUCAGGAGCCACCAAAAGUGCAAGAAGUCAUAGAUAAUGCAACUACCUCGAAAGCCAGUAGUUCAAGUACUUCUUUGGUGAAUUAUGACAGUUCUAGCACCGAUAGUGAUACUUAAUAUACUUUAUGAAUGUUUCAAGCAAUUUGUAUAUGUUAUAUAUUAAUAUAUAAUAUAGAGAUAUAUAUAUAUAUAUAUAGAUAUAUAAGUUCAACUCUCUAGUACUUUCAACUCAGAAUGCUCUAACCCCAAGAAUAAACGCCAACACAAGGAUUUGCGAAAUGUAUAUUUUGAUGGAAAAUAUAUUUAACGUGUGAUUAUA